AUGACUUCAGCACUACAUGUGCUGCUUACUGUAGUUCUUUUUUUCCUAAUAGUUUUCAUGGCAAUUCUUCUCUUCUUUCUAUUCCCGAUAUUUGUGAUAAUAUCUAGAAAAAACCGAAAAAAAGACCAAGAGCUCGCCAUCUACCCGAUAAUUAAUCACUGUUUCAAACCUCCGAAGUUUAUUUCUAACUCUUAUAAUUGGAAUGACAUUUCUUAUCAUGUUCUCCAUCAUUCAAGCUCAAAAUAUCAUAUUUUCAUUUAUAUCUACAUAUGUCUUACUGUAGUUCUCCUCUUGUCUGCUUUAUUAUACAUACCAAUUCUUCGAAGUGUCUGGAAGCUUGUACAUUUAGCAUCAGCCAUUGAGAAUAAGCCUCAAAAGUAUAUCUUAUAUCAGACACUCUGUAUAGCAGUUUAUAAAAUGGUGUCCUUGCUGGUCAUUUUCUAUGUUUAUCUUGGACAUACCGAACCAAACCCACCGAUAAAUCUUAAAAAUCUCGUAGACCCGCCCAAACAACAAGUGUACACAAUUUUAAAGUUGAUUAAUGUUUCGUUUUUCACUUUUCAAAUAGCAAUUAUUGUAAUCGUGAUGACUAGUAAUCCUGCUGUGAGUGAAGAAGAACUAAUUGCACAAGCAUGUCGCUUUCUUUCCUAUUGUCAUUUAUUAUUGGCUCUUCUCCUUGGUCUAUCAUCAUCCUUAUACAUACCAAUUUUGAUAAGCGUUAGAAAGUCAUCCCAUUUGAUAUCUGCUGUUCAGAAUAAGCCGCAUAAUUAUAUUCUGUACCAAACACUUUGCAUAGUUGUGUACAAAAUGAUAACGGUUUUGGCAGUGGUUUGGGUGAACGUCGAUUCUAUAGAGCAACUACCCGCGGAACAUAUUGACAAAACACAGGAAUAUUUAAUAGUGGUUUUAUACAUUAUCGAUAUGUUAUCUACACCAGUAUUUAUUCAAAUUUCUUAUCUUCUUUGCAACAGGCGUAAUGUGGUGCUUCUCAAACAACUAUUAUCAAUAAGAAACUUCAAAAUUUGGAUAAUGAAAAGGAUAUUGCGAAAUAAUUCUGUGGCACCUGCCAAUGUUUACGGGUCCAACGAUGAAAUUUUGGGUCCCUCAACAAUCUCUUGA